UGGCUACACGCUUGUGGAAUGCUCUCCUCCAGGAAGUUUGCCUGGCACCUUCCUUAUUCACCUUUAGGUGCCAGGAAAAAUCAUUCAUCUUUAACCAUAGCCUUUGGCUGAUUAACAUCCUAUGUCUUUUAAAAUGUGUUUGUGGGGUGGGGUAUUGGUUUCUUUUUGUUUUGUAUUUGGGUGAAGGGCAGCAUACAAAUUAAAUAAACCCUUAGCAAAGCAAAUUUAAGAAGAUUUAAGCAGGGGAAGGUCAUAUUCCCUCCCAGGCAUUCAAAGAACAUGCAUCAAGAUCCUCCACGAGAAUGGAUCCUGCAUCUUCUCCUAUGUUCCACUUACUAUGCCAGUGGAAUAGGUCUUCUACUAUUACUACCAAUAGUAAUUGAGAAUAGUCGCUCUGCUUACCCUGUACACACUGGGACUGUACACAGAUACCGUAGAUCACAAAAUGGCUCUCUUGCAUGUAAUAGCCUUUUUGUUCCCGGUGUCUAGCAUUUCCCCGUUUUUUCUACUCACAAAUACAUAUAAUACAUAUAUCCAAAUGAGGCAAAACACACCUGACUGGGCACCAAAUCACCAAAACAUAUGCCACAAUUAACCUGUAAAAAGAUAGCUGCAGAAAACAUGCUUUGGUGUUAUUUUGAAAAAAAAAAUAACUCGGUUCAUUUGUUUGUGGAGUGGCCAGUAUAGGGAAAAUUUGCGGGGGGAAAUAGUUUCAAGGCAAUGUAAGGAUACAAAUGCCAGCUAUGUAAUAGUCUUUAUUUUUAAUGUUGUGGAUAGAAUAAAGUCUUGGAUUUUUAUUUUUAAAACAUGCUUUUCUGUUUUUCUUAUCAACGGCCGUUUAAUAUUUUGUACAUAGUGUUCAAAUUUGCUUAACUGACUUCAACGAAACGAAAAAAAUUGUGCCACCUUUCAGAAAUGAUUCUAGAGCAGUUUGCAAAACUAAGAUGAAACGCGAGGACGAAGUGCAAGAAGUAACAUCGUGUUUGGUUUGUGUGGUUUUUUUAAAAAAUAAAAAUAUUAAAGACACCUCCGUAUAACUAAAAAUUUGCCUUUAAAAACUAGUCAGUAGUUCAAGGACACCGAAACGGUUUUAAGCUCUUUCUCUUUUAAAUCAGUGAUCCCACGCGCUUCAUGCUGUUGUGUCUAAAACAUCCCUUUCUCAUAUUCCAGAGGAGACAGCUGAGCUAAGCAAAAAGGCAAAAAGCGAAAGAACCUCGUGGAAACUGAUUCGGGGCCAAGUUCCACCGAACUCCAGAAGGCUUACUUCUGAUAAGAUGCGAGCAAAAACAACUCAGAAGCAAGUCCCAUAGUGUUCAGUGCUACUUACUCCCCAGUAACAGCACACUGCUGCCUUCUUGUGUGCGGUUUUAUUUUAUUUUAAUUUUUUUAGAAUCAUAGAACUGUAACAGAAGAACAAACGCGCCCGGGUUUUUUUCUUUUUCUGAUAAAGCGCAACAGGCGCUCUCCACCGCGAAUCCCCGCCUUCCCCCCGCCCCUCAUCCCCUUCAGCAUCAUAGAAACUCCGCCUCGAGCCCGCUCAUUGGACAGAUUUGUUCGUUUUUUUCCCUCUCGAUCCCGCUCGCUCUCAAAAUCGGCAAGAAGUUCUCUCCUUGCGCUCUUGGUCCUGCAGAUAGACCGACAGCUACCUUCUCCGCCUUACUCGCCUAAAGUUGACUGGGCAGCUGUUGUAGGUCUGUGUGUGGCGGGCCAGAGAGUCUGAUCAUGGGGACAUACAGCCCCGAAAGGGAAGAGCUGGAUGCUAUUGCAAGUGAUGAAGAAGAAGAUGUGCUGGAGCUAUGGCUUGAAGACGCUUAUUCCGAAACACACGAACGGAGGAGGAACAUGGAAAACGGGACGGGUCGGCUCUCCUGGAUACUCGUGGCGUGCUGCCGAGCUGCCGUGGUUCACGACUAUGUCACCCCCUUCGUAGCCGCUCCGCCGGUGACCGUGCUAUCUCUCGAGAGGUAUCUGAAGGAUGCCACCCAGAAGACACGCGUCAGCUACAUUCCUGCUAGCAAUGUAUCCACGCGUGCCUCUUCCUCUAGAGAAGUGGCCGCUCCUGCUGACACUCCUGGUCCUUCCACCGAGCAGCCCGAUCCUUUCGCCAGGCAUGUGCGCCUUCGUCCCUCGUCCCUCACCAAGGCACCCAAGCGUACUGGCUUCCAAUACCUCUAUGAUAUGACUAUUUCCGACGGCGUGUACCGGGAGAGAUGCUUUCUGGCCCCCGAGUUGAACCGCUUGGUGCAGACAAAUGCCCUUCGCUGUGGCCUGCGGGUGCAAAUCACAGAGCUUUCGUGCGCUUUCGUUCAGAAGUAUGAUAGCUGGGUUAUGUGCAUUGAACAGCUCGAAGUUCUUGGCGCGGCCAGUAGAAGUGAUGCUGUCCGGGGUCAACAGCUUCCCGAACGCAGAAGGAAGCCGCCAGUGCCGCUGAUGGGGAGGUGGAAGUAUUAUCUUCCACUGUGGAAUAAUGAAGAUCCGUAUGGGGACAGAUGGCGGGGGAAAAAGGAUCCAGAAGAUGACUUUGCGGAUGACUCUGCAGUUAAAACUCUGCGAGAUUUGCAGAGAGACUUUGGCCACAAAAUAGGCAAUAAGAUUAAAACUGGCACCUAUCCUAUUAUCAUUAAAAUAACCCACAGGGGGCGACUUCAAUACUACGGAAAGCCCAGUCUGGCUGUUGAUAAGCCGUACCAGGCAACUUUCAUUGUGGCUGAUCGUUCCGGUUCUAUGACCAUGGUGCUGUGGAACGACUUGUGUUUUGAAUGGUACAAGAGUAUGAACGUUGGCACUGUGUUGCUUCUCGAAAACUAUGGUGUUAAAAGAAGCUGUCUUUUUAAAACACAGCAAACUCUUGGAUCCAUUGGCGAGAAGAAAUUGUUCUCAAUGGAACUAACACUAAACGCUGGGCAAAGACCUAUAAUUACCAUCAUUCCAAAAGACGACAUUAAAGUGGAAUGGAGAUUGCCCAACAUUCAGUAUGAGUUUAUCACGAGAUCCAAGCUGCUUGUCACACCAUACAUUGAACACUGUGAUGUAGUUGGGCUUGUGAAAUUUGUGGGGAGGACUCAGCGCACAAGGAAGACAGAGCAUGGAGAAGACUUCUUGAUCUAUCGUUGGGUGCUGGUUGCUGAUGGAACUUCAGAUAAGAAUCUCAUCCUGCAAUUGUUUUCUUCAUCUCAGCCUGAAAUAUUUGAGAAAAUUCACCCAAGGUCACUUUUCGUAUGUACACACCUGAAGGUGAUCCGAGAGAUUGCAGGGAAUGGCUCCUUUCCAUCUUACCUGAGAACUACUGAUGAAAGUCAAAUGUUUAUUUGCGAGUGGCACAGAGGCCAGCCAUAUGAAAAUGAAGUCAGAGUAAGAAGCAUUGCUCAUUGGAGGAGAACUCAGGAGGGAACUUCUCAUGCGAAGGAAACUUUCAUUGGCGGAUAUUAUCCUUUGCCACCAGCCCCAGACACUUUUCUGAAGUGCUGUGAAACUACCGGAGUUGAUCCAGUGUUGAAAACCAUCAAUGAAAUUGGGGAGGAGAUUGGAAAACUGCACUACAGGGAGCACAAACGCAUUGCUAUUCGGGGGAUAAUUGGUGCUGUAAAAUAUGUCGACUGCGCCAACAUAUCUCCUGAUGCAGUUGAGGCACCAGUUCAGGCACCAGUUCGGGCACCAGUUCAGGCGCCAGUUCAGGCGCCAGUUGAGGCUCCAGUUGAGGCUCCAGUUGAGGCACCGGUUGAGGCACCAGAACAGGUCAGCCAGGAACCUGCAGCAGGCACUUCUGCACAAACCUCCCAGCCACCCGAACAGCAACCUACAGGACCCAGAAAGUGUAAAGCGAAGAGAAAGAAUAGGAUUGUGGAGUCGGAUGAAGAUGAGCAGGAUGCAUCGACUCCAGCGCAAAAGAAGUGCAAGAGAAGAGCUUCCAAAAAGAAGCAUAGUUGGUUUGCAAAACGUUCACCAGGUUCCUGGGAAAGUAGCCUCUGGGAUAAAAUAAAAGACCGCUUGGAGCAGCACUUGCAUUGCAGCAGAGUUUUCCCCGAAAGCUUUCCAUCAAAAUUUAAUUAUGAAACUGGAGAUUUUCUCAUGCAACUGUGCAAUCUCCAAGCAUCCAAAUACAGAUAUGUGCCAAAUAAAGAAGAUGAAACUGAGUAUGCCUGUCCUUAUGAAUACUAUCAAGUGACUAUUGUCGGAAUGAAUCGCAACACAGCUAUAGAUGUUGCCCUCCUGCCUGUGUCUUACGCUGAAAAUUCAGGUUUACUUCAAGCAGCGGGCAUGGAGUGUGCUACGGUGGAUUUGCCUAACACAAGUGGGACCUCAAGUCAGAAGAAGAUUGCCCAGGCACUUUCUCGUGGUGGGCUGCUGAGAAAACCUCUGAUCUGCAUCCUGGAUAUCUGCUCUUUGGGAGAAGGCAAAGUUGAAGUCUUUCUUAACAAAGUGUAUCUGGCCACAGAGUAAUUUAACAAGACAGGUGGAAGGUUCAACUUCGGGCCUUGGGAGAGCACAGUUUUCCAUGUUGCUACACUUUGUUUUGCAAAUCUGUAUUGCAUUUUACUGACAAGUGCAAUGUCGUACUGAAAUAUACUCAGAGUCGAGAGUGGAUUUCAUGCUCUUUAUUCAGCUCAUAGU